UCUAAUGUCAACCACUAGAUGGAGACAAAUCCCUCCUAUUGAAUCUCCCAUGUCUUGGGGAAAAACGCAAUGGUAAAUUUUAUUAUUCUGCACACCGCUAUUGCACUGGAGUCCUGCAUACCAAUCAUGGCAGAUAGACGAGUCUAAGACGUGCAGGCUCAAGACGUACUCAAUGUAAGAUGAAUGCGGAGGACAAGCUGGAGGGCAUGCUGCUGAAGUGCGGGAGCGGGGGCAUAGAUGGAGGCAGCAGAGUUAGCCUGGGCAGUGGAGGGCUGGUGGUGAUGACCUUAGGGGAGCGCUCCCUGGCCAACCAUCCUCUCUUGGCCGAAGACGAGGAUGACGAGGAUGAUGACGAAGACUUGACCGGAAACUCUCUGGUUACUCAUGACCUUGUUCCUCCCGAGCAGCUGAUGAUGCAGGAGGAGAGGACAAAGAAUGGUGGAGAGGAGGAGGAGGAGGAGGAAGGAGGCAACGAGGUGGGAGUGCAUUUCCCACUAAAACUCACCAAUAAGUUGCCGUACUUGCUUCAUGUGCCAAUGAACAUCAAGCAGGAACUGAAGCUGUCUGACCCAGCUGCCCAUAAAAAGAAGGACCAAAAAGCUAUUAAAGACCUGAUUGUUUCUCCCAAGAAGAAGAAGAGGAAGCAGCGCUCACCAGCAAAGAUUCUGAAUAUGAAUGAAGAGGGAAUGUUGGGCCUACAGAACCCCAAGUGUCACAUUUGUGUUCACUGUAAUGCUGCAUUCAGAACAAACUACCACCUACAGAGACACGUCUUCAUUCAUACGGGUAUGAAGCACCACAAUACACUUCUAUUGAUGUAUAGCUUUAAAACAAAGAGUUUGGAUUUUUUUUGUAUUGUUAUGAGCACCAAUGUUUUGUUUUAUUUUUUACUGCAGGUGAAAAGCCUUUUCAGUGCAGCCAAUGUGACAUGCGGUUCAUUCAGAAAUACCUUCUGCAGAGACACGAGAAGAUCCAUACAGGUGAGUGGUGAACAGAUGAAGUAUUCUAUCUGCUACUUUAGUUUUAAUAAAGCUGUUUUUUUGUCCUUUUGGGAAGGUGAGAAGCCUUUCCGCUGUGACGAGUGUGGAAUGAGAUUUAUCCAGAAGUAUCACAUGGAGAGACACAAAAGGACUCACAGUGGAGAGAAGCCAUACCAGUGUGAUUACUGCCACCAGUACUUCUCCAGGACAGACAGGGUUUUGAAGCACAGACGGAUGUGCCACGAAAACAGAGAAAGGAAGUCGAGCAAAGCUGCCGCUGACGUUGGGAUUUUGCGUGAAGUGGAAUCCCUAGGCUCUCCCCUUCUUCCCAAAGAGCGUUCCCUCCCCAAGAAGAAGCGCCAAAAAUGUGUGGAGAAGAAUCUGGGUUCCUCCACAUUUGCUCCGCCGGGCCACACGUUUAUGGUUGGGGAGGCGGCGGAGAAGGAAGAACUGAGUCGAGGCAAAAGCCCGUCGCUGUGUUCCGGAUCCUCCAAGGUGAAACACGAGUAUGUGAUUGCAGACUAUGCCAUGGAGCUUCCUGAAGAAGCCCCCGGGCAACAUGAAGAUGGAGAGUUGUCCGCAGAGGAGGCGACCCCACCUAAAAUAUUGCUGAAAAAAGUUCCAAAGAGGAUUCUGAAGCAGUCAGGCGAGCAGACACCUCCCUGCUUGCCCGCUUUGUCUUCUUUUGACGAGAACGAUAAGGUGGCACAAUACACCUUUGAAAUAGUGGAAAAGCAAGGACUUUUGGACGUGGAAGGCAAUGCGGAGCUAGAACCGGUGGAAGCUCUCCAAGGGAGACCAACGAAACCUGCAGCCAGUAGUACCAACUACGAUGAUGCAAUGCAGUUUCUAAAGAAGAAACGUUACCUUCAAGCUGCGGCGGCCAGCACCAACAACGUCCGGGAUUACGGCAGCAUCUCCUGCCAACCCGCCAUCACGCAAACCGUGGUGUCCACCAUCAUUGACGAAACUGUCCCUGCCACCAUUCUGGAUCCGCAGCCAAUCAACGCAGACCUGAAGGCAACUCACGAGAAGCACGUCCUCCCCGAUGAGGUGCUGCAGACUCUACUGGACCACUACUCCAACAAAGCCAACGGGCAAUCGGACAUUUCCUUUAGCGUGGCUGACACGGAGGUAACAUCGAGCAUAUCUAUAAACUCUUCUGACGUCUCAGACAGCAGCCCCAUGGAAAGCCUGGGGACGUCCAGCGCCCAGCCACAUGCCUCAACCGAGAAAGUCAGCCUCUUACAGGAAUAUUCAAAGUUUCUCCAGCAAGCACUGGAGAGGACGAGUCAGAAUGACAGCUACCUGACCAGCCAGAGCCUCAGCUUGGUCUCUGAAAACCCCACGUUAGCCGGACAGCCUCUGUUCUCCACAGAGAAGCAGUUCCCCUCCCCCGGUAGGUUUAAAUCAGGGAUGAGCUCUCCGCUGAGGUCCACGUUGGAGAAACCUCACUUUGGAUUACUGGUCGGAGAUUCCCAGCACUCCUUUUCAUUUUCAGGCGACGAAACCACGACUCCCUCUGCGGUGUCGCCGUCUGAGGACGACUUCCUGGACCAAGUCUCGCCCUCCAAAAAGUCUGACUCGCCGCAGGGCAUCCUGCAGACGUUCCAGAUAAGCUCUUUUGAUCAGAACUUCAAAUCGCAUUUCCACGCAUCGAGGUCCGGACCGUCCUCCCAGUUUACCGUUGCCAACGGGCAAGUAAGCGUUCGAGGACCCAGCACAGACUUCUCCGAGUUUCCUUUAGUCCGAGUCACAGAGACCAGGUCUCAACUGAACUCCUCCCCGGAUGUGUCGACCAGCGAAUCAUUUGGUUGAAGGAAAUGGGGGCGGGGUCAUAUCAGCAGCACUUUACAACAUCUUUUUUGUUUCCUUUUGCCAAAACUAGUCCUACUGCAGAUUUUCUUUAAGCAAAAUGAAUCAUGUUCUGCUUUUUUAAGCCCUCAUACAAUAAUCCUGAUAGACUAAUACAAUCCUACUAUAAUUAGGAUUUCCCUUAUGAGUAAAAAAAUGUUCUGGAAUGUACACUUAGAGAUUAUACGACCAAAGUUUAAUGUAGAGAUUCAUUCAUAUUACUGCCAUCGGUUAAUUAUUACUGUUGUCUGUAGGCCUUGUUAAAAAAACAAAGCAACGUAUUCACUCUCAAUAUUGCAAUAUUUCCACUUAAAAACUUCAGGCAUGAUUUCUAUCUGCCUUUUCGUUGUUUAUACUGUUACUACCUCCCCUCGCUGUUAACCUGUUUGGACAGUGGACUCUUUCAAGAACAUCUACCUUCUCUGGCUCUUCAGGCAGACCCUCACAACAACAAUAGCACAAUCAUUCUUCACUUUACGACGGAGAUUUCCCCUGGAUCUGUCUAACAGAAAUGAAUGGAGUUUCCUGGUUUGGAACCUAGUUUUAUUUUAUUGCGUUGACUGCAUUAAAUUUUUAGCAUUAUGCGAGCAUUAUACAAAUCUUAAAGACCCACUCUGAUGGAAAUGUUUGUGUUUUUAACUCACUCUUGUGGAAUUUUCUGAUUGCUGAGGAGAUAUAUUAGGAAAAUUAAGCUGAAAAUUAUAUUUAUGUAUUUUAAAUCAAAUUGUUGUGAAGUGGGAGAACCAAAAAAGGCUGUUUUAAAAAGAGCGUAUUUGUUGCGUAGACAAAACAACCCCAAGGGAAAAGGGGGCGUGGUUGCUCUGCACCAAUAAUCCCACCCACAACUCUGAGGUGGAUUUCUAAUGAAUUCUUGCCGCUCUGCAGAAACUAUGUCCUAAAAAAUGAUAAGUUUUUUAAAUUUGCAUAAAAACAACAUUGU